AUUGACUUAUGUCACAUGCAUUUUGAUCAUCACUACAAGGCAAAAGAGAAUUGCAUCAAAUCUGGGGAAGUAAUGAAUCAACCCCAUUUUACUACCUAACAACAAGCAGCUAACUAAGCUGUGAUAAAACAGAUGAUGCAUGUAAGAAUGAGGAAAGCUAAUGUAGGAUGAAGUACAAUGUUACAGAAAUAAUUCAAGCAAAUUUGAAUAGGUGCAGAGCUGCAUAUGAUUUAACCAAUUCACAAAAGAAAAUUCAAUAGAUAGUGGUCCAUGGAAAUCAGGUGCAGACAAGGAUGAAGUUAUUAGGAUAUAUAACCAAACAGCAGAAACUUCUGUUGAGGGAAUGCAUACUAAAAAAUGGAUGGUUUGAUAGAUAUCGAAAAAGUAGUUUUUUAUGUAUUUUUCAAAACAUGACAACUGAAACUUUCCCAGGACUAAAUCUUAUUUAAUAAGGGGGCAGGAAAUGCCAACAGGCAAUACCGUCGUGCUUUUCAGCUUGAGGAGUGGCUAUAAAAGCUUUUCCCCUGUCCAAAAAAAAAAUAGAGUAAUGUUUGCAACAACUACAAUGAAAAUUGAAUUAAAAUAGGAUGCCAGUAGGGCUUAAUGUAUGUCCUAUGUAUUUUUUUCAUAUGUGUUUUAUGCAAUAAGCAUUUUCCUAUUUCCAUGUAAUGCAUGAGUUGCAAAAAAUUAUCAAAUAUCAUGGUUAUACUGUUAUCUAUGUGAUUAUCGUCCAACCAAUAUUGACUGCAAAUAAGAUAUAUAUUUGAAGAUUAUAAAACAUGACCACUUCAAAAUCAAUAAAUGUACUCACUCAAAACCAAAUUUAUCUAAUGGCUUGAGUUUAAUGUGUAUGAGAGAGAAGUGUGUAUAGACACAUAUGCUAGAAAGAGAUAGAAGCCGGCUAGAUAGCAAACCUCAUUACCGCAUUGCAUAGCAAAGCUGCAGCGUUGCCAAUACAUCAGUUCCUUGAAUUAAGAUGCAUGUUGAAAGUUUGCGUUAGUUUAUUCACUACAGCCAAAUUAUGGUUUUAUUUUGAGCGUACACACUUUUGAAUUGUUAAUUGUGUAACAUUUUUAGGAUCGAUUCCGGUUCGGCUAUUAUGUAAAAAAAAAACUACAAAAUGUCAUCUUGCAGAUUAGGUAGAGUUUAGGGUGCUAAUAGUUCAUUCCGCGUUUGCUCGCUAAGAUCGCUGCGAGCGGCCAUCUAUGGAGGAACGACUCAACCACACGCAUUGUUGGUUGCAGACAAGGUAUCAUCCCUUUAAACUACACUGUUGUAUCACAUCACUCUACAUAGUCUGCAUUUAUAUGAAAAGUAAUUAAAAAAUGUUUGAAAAUAAUGUUGGGUGCUUUGACUUGUCAAUCAAUAAAACUGUCAGGUGAAAAUAUUUUUUAAUAUUUACACCUACAUUCGAAUGUGAAUAAAAAUGGGUAAAAGGUCUGGGUCAGGCUUAAGCAAACCAGCUCCUUCGAGACCGUGGAGACCUCCACCAGCUACAAGACAACCUCCUAGAGGUUCAACUGGAUACGGCACGACCACUCUGCCUGCCAGAACAGCCCCACAACCGGCACCAGCUCCUGUACAGGCAGCCCCAGUGGCCCCAGCUCCAUCUCAGGGCCCUGGCCUGUUUGGACAGAUGGCUGCCACAGCUGGUGGAGUUGCUAUAGGAUCUGCUAUUGGACAUACUGUUGGUCAUGCUGUCACUGGAAUGUUCGGUGGUGGUUCUAGUGAGGCAGCGGCUGUGCCACAACAAGCUCAGCCUGCAGCACCUCAACAGCAAUAUGGCCAACAACAACAGGAUCAAGAGGGACCCUGUGGAUGGGAGGUCAAGCAGUUCUUACAAUGCGCUUCUCAGCAGUCUGAUCUGACACUAUGUGAUGGAUUCAAUGAGGCCUUGAGGCAGUGCAAGAUCAGGAACAAUAUGGUAGCCUAAAUGGGAUAGAAAGAAGAUAGAAGGAAAUUUUUAGUAUUAAUGUUAAUCAUCAGGCAAACAUUAUCAGUUCCUUAUAAAUGUAAUAAAAUCAUUUGUUUGGUCUAAUGCGUCGUUCUUUUGUUGAUAUUUUUUUAAUAUGUGAUUUACUAGGAUAUAAUAAAUCUCGCAGAUGAUUUUUCAGUA